AUGGCAAAGCCUAAAAGCGAGAGCCUGCCUAACAGGCACGCAUACACGCGCGUCUCCUACCUGCACCAGGCCGCCUCGUACUUGGCUACUGUGCAGUCAUCCAACUCCGACUCAACCGCCAACUCAUCGCAGGCUCACAACUUUCCCCAUGUCGCCGAUCAGCAGAACCAGUCGAAAACAAAUGAGACGAUUGCCCGGCGUUUUGUUUCCGACAUUCGAGCCGUCUCUCUCAAGGCUCAGAUCCGCCCGAGCCCGUCACUCAAGCAGACGAUGUGCAAGUACUGUGACUCUCUACUCAUGGAGGGCAGGACGUGCUCCACGACGGUCGAGAAUGCGAGCAAGGGCGGCAAGAAGCCUUGGGCUGAUGUCAUGGUCACCAAAUGCAAGACUUGCGGCAACGUCAAACGGUUCCCGGUCAGCGCGCCCAGACAAAAGCGUCGACCGUUUCGAGAAUCAAAGUUGGUUGAUGAGCAGGAACCGACGCCUGCGGUUUCCGAGAUGUCGACUGGUGGUGACUGA